AUGUUGCUUUCACCUUUCCGUUUUCUAAUCUCGAAACGCAGAAUAUCGAUUGAAGCCUAUCUCUGUCAAAUGCUUCAGCUAUCUCUGCCGCCGCCACCGCUGCUGCUAGCGGUGGUCGGGGAAAAAGAAUCGGACCUUCGAAUACGUUUUUUUUUCCCUUUGCUUCUUUGGAUUUUUUUUGUUUUUCUUUCUUGUUUUCAUUCUUUCAUUUCUCGUCUUUACAAAUGUCCCCACGUUCUCUUUUCCCAAUUUCCCUUUUAUUUCCAUCCAUUUUUCAUUCCUUUUAUCUACUUUCUACUUAAUCUACCUUUUUAUUUACUUUUAUUCCUUUUAUCUACUUUCCUUUAUUUCAUUUUUCCUUUAAUUUCUUUGUUUUUAUUUUCGUUUGUCCGUAUAGAUUUAUUCUCUUUUUUUGUUUUCCAUCUUUUCUUUUUCUUUGUAAUAAAUGUACCCUCUCUCUCUCGCACUCUCUCUCUCUCGCACUAUCUCCCGCACUCUCUCUCUUUCUUUCUCUCUCUCUUCGCUUCCUGUGUAAUAUGUUUAAUGAGUUUGAUUCUUUUCUUUUACUCUUUUUAUUUUCCCUUACUUAUUUUAUUCCUUUUUUUUUCAAUAUUUCCUUCAGUUAUUCAAAAAUCAGUUGAUUUCUCAUCAAUCUUUCUUUCUUUCUUUCUUUCUCGACCAGACGAUCUUUUAUUACUUUCUUGUCUUUUGAUAUUUUUUUGUUUGCUUUUUGAUAUCCCCUUCCUUCCUUCCUUUUUUCCUUCCUUUUUUCCUUCCUUCCUUCCUUCCUUCCUUCCUUCCUUCCUUCCUUCCUUCCUUCCUUUAAUUCUUUCUUCCUUUCUGCAUUGUCUCCUUUAUUUCUUUAUCUUUUCUUUACAUUUAUCCUGCCUUCUUUUUCUCCUUUUUAUUUCUUCCCUCAUGCAUUGUUUUCUUUCUUCCUGCAUAAUGUCGUAA